AGGAAUUAAGUCUUUUAAAUAUCAAAGUCUAUAAAUUCUUUUUCUUCUUCUUUUGACAAAAGAAAAUUCUAUAUAUAUUCUUCUUUUCUCUUCUCCCAAACAGACACAAAUCUCUCAUUGCUAAAGUACCCUCAAUUGUUUCUUUAUUACGAUCGUGCCCCUCGGAUUUCGGUGGCGGUGCCGAUUUUCCAAGUUGUUGAUAGCAUUGGCUGCCUCAAAUCUGAUAAUGGAUCUAUCUCACCAGGCAUCAUCUCCACAAAGAAAAGAUUUUAUUAACCUGAUGAACCAUCCUCAGGAAAAAGAAGAAAAUCUCAGUGGUGGUGGUCAUGGUGGAAAUGAGAAUGGGCUUAACAAGAACGAUGAUAUUUUCCCAAGCUAUGAUUUUCAGCCAAUUCGCCCUAUUGCCGGAAGCACACUAGGAGGAGGAGCUUCUUCUCACUCUCAGAAUUUCGAUGCUACACCCAGUAUUGGUGGAACCACUCGGGCUUGGAGCUCAGGUGAUUUCAAGCCCCAAACUGGCUCUCCUAUCAGGAAUUAUGGUUCUCUAGACUCUCUUGAACCAACUAAAUUCAUUCUAGAGAAGGAUCAAAGUGCAUGUAACUCAACAAUUGUGGCUGAGAUUGAUAAGACCAUGAAAAAACAUGCCGAUAAUUUGCUACAUGUUCUGGAAGGUGUUAGUGCUCGAUUGACACAACUAGAGAGCAGAACAAGACAUCUGGAGGAAUCUGUGGAUGAUUUGAAGACAUCAGUUGGGAACAAUCAUGGAAAUACUGAUGGGAAGAUGAGGCAGUUGGAGAAUAUUCUGAGAGAGGUCCAAUCUGGGGUAUUCGUUUUAAAGGAUAAACAAGAAAUACUCGAGGCCCAGCUACAGCUAGCGAAGCUACAAGUAUCCAAAGUAGAUCAGAAUUCAGAAGCCCAGAAUACGGCGCAUGUAGAUUCCAUGCAGCAUGCAGCAUCAGCUCCUCAACAAUCUCACCAACAGCUUCAUACUCCUGUUAACCUUCCAUCAUCACAACCGUCCUUCUCUCCUCCAAAUGCUCCUCCGUCACAACCUUCCUUCUCUCCUCCAAAUGCUCCUCCUCAGCCAAAUCCGCAGCAGAACCUGCCACCCCAAGUUCAACAUCCACAUCAAUUUCCUCAGAAUCAGAUCCCUCCUCCUGUUCCCCAGCACGAGCCUUAUUUUCCACCUCCUGGUCAAACUCAAGAACCACAAAACCAGCAGUACCACCAAAUACCGCCUAAUCAGCAGCAACUUCCCUCCCCUGCUGUACCACCCCAUCAACAAUUUCAACCUGCCAUUCAACCACAGUUCUCUCAGCCACCAACACAACCUCCACAGCAGCUCCCGACUCUUCCACCUGUCAAUUCCUCUCAACUCCCUCCUACACUUGCCCAUCAUUCCGAAGAGCUACCAUACGUUUCUUCUCAAAACUACCCACCCAACCUCCGCCAACCACUCCCUCAGUCACCAAGUGGACCUCCUCAAUCUCAACAGUUCUAUGCGCCACCCUCUCAUAUGUACGAGUCACAAUCUAGUCGACCUAGUUCAGGUUUUCCAUCUGGAUAUGGCCCACCAACCGGCACCCUUAAUGAACAGUUUCACUACGGUGGUUCUCCCUCUCAAUAUGGAAAUCCUUCUGCGGUUAAACCUCAGCAGCUCACUUCAACCUCAGCUCCAAGUGGUGGAAGUGGUUAUCCACAACUGCCUACUGCUCGGGUUCUCCCACCUGCUGCUGCUUCUGGUGUUGGCAACAGUUCAGGUUCUUCUGGGACUGGAAACAGGGUUCCUGUUGAUGAUGUGAUCGAUAAAGUUUCUACCAUGGGGUUCCCGAGAGACCAUGUAAGGGCAACCGUUAGAAAGCUCACUGAGAAUGGCCAGGCGGUUGACUUGAAUAUUGUGUUGGAUAAGCUGAUGAACGAGGGAGAUGGCCAGCCGCAAAGAGGAGGUUGGUUUGGUCGGUAGUUUUGACCGCUGAUGUACAGAAGUAUCUCGCUUAUUCCUGGAUCAACAUUGCUGAGAAAACAAAAAGAAAAGAAAAAAAAAUCAUAGAGAAAAAGAAAAGAGAGAGGGUGCUACAGUGAUUCGAUUAUGUUUAGUCACACAUUUGUGUUGCUUAUUUGUGUAUAUUCAAAAUAACUUUUAGGUGGAUACUUGGGAUUUUCUGGGUGAUGUUUUAUUAUUUUUGAUGUUGUUGAAUCAUGAUUUGUUAAUUUUGAUGUUUUUGUUUUUCAAA